AUGUCUUCCGCCACCGAAACCGUCACCCGCACGCGGACAGCGAGGACGGUCCUCACCGAUUACGAGCUUCACCACUCCGGCGCGAGCGAGACGCCGCAUCCUCCUCCUCUUCCACCCAAGGCUCGUCCUCGUCGGCGCCGCAGAACCCGCCCAACUGGCCGACCACGUCCCGGCGGGUGCCCCUAUAGGCCCACCAACGUGGACCGCGACCAGAGCGAGGUGCGCGUCUACACGCAUCCCGCGGAGAGGGCGUUCAUCGUCACCAUGUUCACCGGAGUUCUUAUCACUGCGACGGCGGCUAAGCAGUGGAGGAGGACGGUGGGCAAGAUCGCCCCGGAGUCUUUCAAAUACCGCAUCGGAGGAGAGUUUUAA